GCUACCUCUCAUCGUAGUGGCAGUCAUUCUUGCUCAUUUUAGUCCAACAAAUUGUAUCACAUUGCUUACAAAAUUCACAACGAACUAUUAGUUGUAUAUUAACCACGAAACAGCAAUGUUGCGUGGAACGCAUAGAUACAUAUUCCUGGCGAGGUCCAUGAUGCGUAGCUUCCACGUGUCAGGAUGUCCGCGAUACGGCAAAGUGGCCAUGUCAAAGUUUGACCCUGACGCUUUCCUGCCGUUUGAGAAAAUGAUGAAGAACCUUGGAGUCGUUAAAGAACGCCUCAAGCGACCACUAACGCUGUCGGAAAAGAUACUGUAUGCGCACCUGGAUGAUCCAGCCAAACAGGAGAUAGAAAGGGGAAAAUCGUAUUUGCGACUCCGUCCCGAUCGUGUGGCCCUACAGGACGCCACUGCCCAGAUGACUUUGAUGCAGUUUAUUUCCUCCGGUUUAAAGAGAGUGGCCGUUCCCUCGACUGCGCACUGCGACCAUUUGAUCGAAGCCCAAAUAUCGGGAGUCAAGGAUUUGGAAAGAGCCAAGGAUAUUAAUAAGGAAGUGUUUGACUUUCUGGCAACCGCUUGUGCCAAGUAUGGGCUUGGUUUCUGGAAGCCCGGCAGCGGAAUCAUCCAUCAGAUUGUUCUCGAGAACUACGCUUUUCCGGGUCUUCUGUUAAUCGGCACCGAUUCCCAUACACCCAAUGGUGGCGGCUUAGGAUGUCUGUGCAUCGGAGUGGGAGGUGCUGAUGCCGUGGAUGUGAUGGCCAACAUUCCUUGGGAGCUCAAGUGUCCUACCGUGAUCGGUGUGAAUCUGACUGGUAAAAUAAGCGGGUGGACGUCACCAAAGGAUGUGAUUCUCAAGAUGGCCGAGAUUCUCACUGUAAAGGGUGGAACGGGAGCUAUUGUAGAGUACUACGGCCCUGGUGUCGAGUCCAUUUCCUGCACCGGCAUGGCCACUAUUACCAACAUGGGCGCCGAGAUUGGAGCCACUACCUCUUUGUUUCCAUUCAAUGAUAGAAUGAUCUCGUAUUUGUGUGCCACCGGUCGCGGUGAUAUCGCCAAUUUGGCCUCAAAAUUCAAGGACGAUCUUUUGACGGCGGACAAGGGUUGCAAGUAUGACAGGGAUAUAGAAAUCGAUCUGAACAAAUUGGAACCCCUCGUAAAUGGGCCGUUUACUCCUGAUUUGGCUCAUCCUAUCAGCAAGCUUGGUGAGAACUCCAAAAAGAAUGGCUAUCCCAUGGAUAUUAAAGUGGGGUUAAUUGGCUCCUGCACGAACUCCUCAUACGAGGAUAUGGGUCGGUGUGCCAGCAUUGCCAACGAUGCCAUAGCUCAUGGCCUGAAAGCGUGCAUACCCUUUAACGUUACCCCAGGAUCGGAGCAAGUCCGAGCCACGAUUGCAAGAGACGGAAUCAUAGAGGUACUUUCAAAUUUUGGAGGCACUGUGUUGGCCAAUGCCUGUGGUCCGUGCAUUGGCCAGUGGGACCGAAAGGAUGUGAAAAAGGGUGAAAAGAAUACAAUUGUCACAUCCUACAAUCGUAAUUUUACUGGACGGAAUGAUGCCAAUCCCGCUACUCACUGUUUUGUGACCAGUCCGGAAAUGGUGACAGCGCUGUCUAUAGCCGGACGUCUGGACUUCAAUCCAUUAACAGACGAACUGAUUGGAAAAGAUGGAAAGAGCUUCAAACUUAAGGAGCCAAAGGGCGAGGAACUUCCCGAAAAAGGUUUCGAUCCAGGAGAGGACACAUAUCAAGCGCCGCCGAAAAACGGCGAUGACAUUAAGGUAAAUGUGGACCCGAAGUCAGAUCGGCUCCAGAUCUUGGAACCUUUCGAAAAAUGGGAUGGCAAGGACUAUAUCGACAUACUGGUGUUGAUAAAAAUCAAGGGAAAGUGCACCACUGAUCACAUAAGUGCUGCCGGGCCGUGGCUUAAAUAUAGAGGUCACUUGGAUAAUAUUUCGAAUAACAUGUUCAUCGGAGCCACCAAUGCCGAGAACAACGAAAUGAACAAGGUCAAAAAUCAGAAGACGGGAAGCUUUGAUGCUGUCCCGGCGGUGGCUCGUGACUACAAGGCCAACAAGAUCAAGUGGUGCGCUGUGGGAGAGGAUAACUACGGGGAAGGCUCUUCCCGGGAACAUGCUGCGCUUGAGCCUCGUCACUUGGGCGGAGUGGCCAUCAUUGUCAAAUCAUUCGCCCGAAUCCACGAAACUAAUCUGAAAAAACAAGGCUUGCUAGCCUUAACUUUUGCCAAUCCAGGAGACUAUGACAAAAUUCAACCAACCAGCAAAAUUUCAUUGCUAAACCUUAAGGACUUGGCUCCUGGCAAGCCGGUAGAAUGCGAGAUCAAGAACAAUGGUGGAUCCGAUAAAAUCCAAUUGAACCACACCCUCAAUGACCAGCAAAUCCAAUGGUUCAAGGCUGGCAGUGCUCUGAAUCUAAUGAAGGAGCUGGCCGCCGGGAAGGGUGGCGGUGAAAAGAAGAAGUAACCGAAGAUGGUCCUUUUUUUUUUUACUUA